AUGGGAAUAUGGCCGAAUGCAUCAUCUAUAGAUGGCUUCAUCCUCUUGGGCAUCUUCUCCCACAGCCAGACUGACCUGGUCCUCUUCUCUGCAGUCAUGCUGGUCUUCACAGUGGCGCUCUGUGGGAACAUUCUCCUCAUCCUCCUCAUCUACACUGACUCCCGGCUUCAUACUCCCAUGUACUUCUUCCUCAGUCAGCUCUCCCUCAUGGACCUCAUGUUGGUCUGUAACAUUGUGCCAAAGAUGGCAGCCAACUUCCUGUCUGGCAAGAAGUCCAUCUCCUUUGUGGGUUGUGGCAUACAAAUUGGAUUUUUUGUUUCUCUUGUGGGGUCUGAAGGGCUCUUGUUGGGACUCAUGGCUUAUGAUCGCUAUGUGGCCAUUAGCCACCCACUUCACUACCCCAUUCUCAUGAGUCAAAGGGUCUGUCUCCAGAUUGCCGGGAGUUCCUGGGCUUUUGGGAUCCUUGAUGGAAUAAUUCAGAUGGUGGCAGCCAUGAGCAUGCCCUACUGUGGCUCAAGAUACGUAGAUCACUUCUUCUGUGAGGUGCCAGCUUUGCUGAAGCUGGCCUGUACAGACACAUCCCUCUUUGACACCCUGCUCUUUGCUUGCUGUGUCUUUAUGCUGCUCCUCCCCUUCUCCAUCAUUGUGGCCUCUUAUGCUCGCAUCUUGGGGGCCGUGCUCCGCAUGCACUCUGCUCAAUCCCGGAAAAAGGCUCUGACCACCUGUUCCUCCCACCUGACAGCUGUCUCUCUCUUUUACGGGGCAGCCAUGUUCAUCUACCUGAGGCCAAGGCGAUACCGGGCUCCUAGCCAUGACAAAGUUGUCUCAAUCUUCUACACAGUUCUUACUCCUAUGCUCAAUCCCCUCAUUUAUAGCUUGAGGAACAGGGAGGUGAUGGGGGCACUGCACAAAGGGCUGGACCGCUGCAAGGUUGGCAGCAAGCAUUGA